CGACGACCAAACUUUAUCUAAGCUCUUUUUCCCCUUUUUUAUUUCCCGUCACCUGCCUGCCUGCCUGCCGGCCUGCCUGCCUGCCUGCCUGCCUGCCUGCCUCGCAUCGAUCGGGUUCGCGGAAAAGACGGGUGGCAACGAAGAAGGGAAGAAGGAGAUGCGAUCGCUGACGGUCGCCUCGUCGUCGUGGUCGUCGCCGUCGUGGCGCCUGCUGCUGCUGGUCUGCGCAUGCGUGACCGCGCUCAGCUUCCUCUUUGCCUCGUCGCACGACCGGCACAACCCCGUCUCGCACUUCUUCCGGCCCGACGCGACGACGUAUGCGGCCGGCUACUCUGACGAGCGGGCCCGCGCAGGGCGGCAGUACCUGCUCGAAGCUUCACAAAAGCUGGACCCAGAUCGACACAAUGAUGGCGCAAGGGCGGACCUGGCCGUCGUCGUGCUCACCGUCGCGCGGCCGGCCUUGCAGCAGCAGCAGCAGUACCUCGACGCCAGCCUGGGCUCGCUGCUCGAGGCCAUCGACGCCGACGCACGCAGGCACCUCUUUAUCAACGUCGUCUUUGGCGAUGCCGACCCCGAGACGCACCCGCUCUUUCAUGCCGACUGGCUGCGGCGCACGGCGGACGAGCUGACUGUGCGCCGGCUGCCGUCUUCCGAAGAGUGGUCGCCAUCGUCACUGCCCCCGCUGCACGUGAGCCCGAUGCCUGCCGAUGCACCAACAACACCACCCAAGACGUCGGCCUGGCACCAAAAGGCGACGCUCGACUACGCCAUGGCGCUGCUGGCGUGUGGUCGCGCGGCAGCAGCAGCACGGGCCAGCCACUGCCUCGUGCUCGAAGACGACACCGUGCUCGCGUCGUCGUGGCACGCCGAGCUGCGCGCCUACCUCGCGCAGGCGCACCAGUGGCCCGCCGGGUCGUGGGGCCACAUGCGCCUCUUCUAUGCAGAAAAGUACUUUGGCUGGGAGGACACCGAGGUGGGGCCGCUCGUCGCCAGCAUUGCCAGUCUCACGGCCGCCGUGGCCUUGGUGCUGCGCGUGGUGCUCCGGGCGCGCUUGGCCACCACGGCCGUCGUCUGCGUCUUUGUCGCUGCCCAGCUCGUGCUCCUCGUCCUGGCAGGGCGCAACCACGUGUUCCCCGUCGCGCGCGGCCUGUCGACGAUGAACACCCGCGGCUGCUGCACCCAGGCCAUCGUCUACCCCACCGCCCUCGUCGACGAGCUGGCACGCCACCUCGUCGCCCACGCCGGCGAGCGGCCGUACGACAUCAGCCUCGAUGCCCACCUCGCCGCGCGCGGGCUCGCCAAGCUGGCGACGCACCCGCCGCUGGUCCAGCACAUUGGCGCAGCCUCCUCGCGCGCCCACUACGCGCGCGCCUCGCCGCUCUGGUCCUUUGCCUUUGAGCGGCGGCGGCCGCGGUGACUCCAAUUCACUCUCACUCAGAAGACAAAGAUGUCCCUUGUGAUAAUAUUAUUUUAUUUUCCAUCGUGCGGUCGGGAUUGUUCAUCUGCUCUCCGGAGACCCCGAGGGAAAGGGAAACGGCGGGCUGUCGGG